AUGGCAUCCAAAGAGGAUGAGCUUACAGAAGAUAAUACUGGCGUAAAACGACAGCCAAAAAAGGCAGAAUGGCUCCUAGACGAAGAAUCAAGGAGAAAGAAGGCGUACAGGUCUUCCAUGUUGGGUAGACUCACAAGCAAGUCCAAUAGCAUAAGGGAGUCAAUGACAGACCCAAACAACAAGCGGUACGUACAGGAUAUGUUGGCAGAAUGGAAAGAGAUAUUUAGAGCGUUUAAAGAAGCUAACAAAGAGUACCAGCUCACCCUGUCGCUCGAGCAAAAGGAAGAAGACGAUAGACAGUGGCUAGCUGGCAAGUUGACAGAGGCAGACCUCUUUCACCAUGAAGUAGAAAGGUGGAUUGAUGCAGCACAGCCCCAACAGGCUGUUGGUACAAGUUUGAUUCUAGAUGAUACAGUUAAGCCGUCUGAUAGCGUUUCCCAGGCAGGCUCAGAUGGACGGCGGUCCAACCUGAGUCACACAAGUACGACAUCUCGGGUGAACUCAGAGGUAAGGAAGAUAGAGUUGAUGGCCAAGGCUGCAGCCUUGAAAGAGAGGCUAGCUCUGGAAAGAAGGUCAUUAGAGAUUGAGCAGGAAAAGAGGAUGUUGGAGCUUACAACUGAAAUCUCAGUAGAGGACGCUAAGAUCAAGUUCUUUCAAGAAUUGGAGGAACAAGAACAAGAGCGAGAAGAGCGGCGGCUACCUGCCCUAAAUCCAGACGUUCCGAGUUUUGUGCCUAGGACAAGGGUUAAGCAAGAAGAUCCCCACGGUACCAAAUCGCUCACAAUGGGACCACCACAGCAUGGUUAUAGUUUUCCUACCAGCGACAUACAUGUGGGGACACAGGGAAAGGGUCCUCACCACUCAAAUCGGAAGAAGGAUGAGGAGGAAGAGAUAACUCCAGAGAAGUUCCUACAAGGGCUAGUACAGCAGCAGGCAGAGGUAACAAAGUUAAUGGUGGAACACAACAAUCAAGCUAGCCUGCCAACAAGAGCGAUCGUUCCCUUCGAAGGUGAUCCCUUGAACUACGCGCAGUUCAUGAAGGCAUUUAGGCAUGCAAUUGAAGAGAAAACAACAGAUGCGGAGGACAAGCUGCAUUAUCUGGGUCAGUACACCAGAGGAGAUGCAAGGGAGUUGGUCACAAGCUGCGCUCUAAUGGAACCGGAAGAUGGUCUCAUGGAAGCCAAGAAGUUGUUAAAGGAACGGUAUGGUACGCCAUUUAAGGUAUCAAGGGCAUAUGCUGAAGAGGCAAGAAAAUGGUCUGAAAUCAAGCAUGAUGACAAGUCUGCCUUGAGAAAGUUCAGUCUCUUCCUUACAAAAUGCCUAAACGCAAUGAAAGGAGACGAAUACUUGCAAGAGCUGGAUCACUACACAAACAUAGCGCUAUUGGUUGGAAAGCUUCCUUACCGACUGAAGGAGAGAUGGCGAAGGAAGUCACACGACAUCCAACGGCAAGGAAGGGUCAAGUUUAAGGACCUAGUGGACUUCGUCAAGCAGGAAGAGCAAAUCUCUUCAAAUGACAUGUUUGAUGACAAGUCAGCCAAGGAACCGUUCAAACGAAGGGACCGAGCAAAAGGCUCCAGCUUGGCAGUAACGACGGGCCAAGAAGAACUGAAAUGCAGCUUCUGUGAGAAGAGGAACCAUGACGUGACUGAAUGCAGGGUGUUGGCAAACAAGUCAUAUGAUGAGCGUCUGCAAUACAUCAAAGGCCAAGGCCUGUGUUUUGGUUGUCUGAAGAAGACACACCUGGCGAGGGACUGCAAACAAAGGGCUACUUGUGGGAAGUGCCAGAAGUCUCAUCCUACAGUACUACACCGCGAAGUAGAGGCACAGCCCAAGAAGACGGCAGCUGUAGGGCGUAUAGCACGCUCCGACUGGGAGGGAGUACCCUCUAUAAUCCCAGUGAAAGUACGUAGCAAGACAACAAACGUAACGAUUCAAACCUAUGCAUUCCUUGACAACGGAAGUGACGUUGUCUUCUGUACGGAGUCCCUGAAGAAACGUUUGAAAACAAGCGGGAGGAAAGUCAAGUUAACGCUGAACACAAUCAACGGCUCUAAAGAAGCGAACACCGAGGUCUUAGAGGACCUAGAAGUCUCGGACUUAGGUAGGGAAAAUAUCAUCCCUAUAGCUACAGCGUAUACCCAAGAGAAGAUCCCGGCUUCCAAGAAGAAUAUAAUUUCGACGGAAGAUCUAAAGGACUACCCCUACCUCAGGGAGGUAGAGUUGCCAGAGAUAGAUGCCGAAAUCGGCUUAUUGAUCGGUAACAACGUGCCAAAGGCGGUAGAGCCCUGGCAAGUUAUCAACAGUCAAGGUGAUGGACCUUAUGCAGUGAGAACAUUACUGGGAUGGUCCGUAAACGGUCCCCUCAAGGGGGCCAGCGAUGACAAAAAUGUCAACAGGAUAAGUGUCGACCAGAACCUAGAGACACAGCUGGAGAGUUACUUUAAUCAUGACUUCAGCGAAGCAAAGGAGGACAAAAGAGAGAUGUCCAUGGAAGACAAACGGUUCAUGGAAAUAGUCGAGGAAGAAACCAAGAAGUCGGGUGACCACUAUGAGGUUCCUUUGCCAUUCAAGCGACCCAACCCAGCCAUGCCGAACAACCGCCCAUUAGCCGUACAGCGGUUAAAGCAUUUACAAAGGAAGCUCUCAAAGGAUGUAAACUUCAAAAAGGACUACGCUGACUUCAUGGAGAACAUCAUUGAAAAGGGAUAUGCGGAAAAGAUACCACCAGAUGAGAACGUAGGACCACAACAUGAGAAUGAAAAUGCUACGGUGUGGUACGUACCACACCACGGCGUGUACCACCCGCAGAAGAAGAAGAUUCGCGUGGUGUUUGACUGCGCCGCGGAAUAUGCAGGAACGUCCCUAAACCAACAGCUGCUGCAAGGCCCAGACCUGAACAACACUUUGGUGGGAGUCCUGACUCGGUUCCGGCAGGAACCUGUGGGUCUCAUGGCAGAUGUAGAAUCCAUGUUCUCACAGGUGAAAGUACCAGAGAAGUACAGGGACUACCAAAGAUUUCUUUGGUGGCCAAGAGGCAACUUAGACGAACCGCCUGAAGAAUAUAGGAUGACAGUACACGUAUUUGGCGCGACAUCAUCGCCCAGUUGUGCUGGUUUCGCGUUGAAGAAGUUGGCUGAUGACGGAGAGGGCCAAUAUGCUAAAGGAGUAUUGGACGCAAUCCGAAACAACUUCUACGUAGACGACUUACUUAAAGCUACCUCCACAGUUAAAGAGGGAGGAGACUUAGCAAAGGGCAUGCGAGAAGCAUGUAAAGAUGGAGGAUUUAGACUGACCAAGUGGGUCAGCAAUCAACCUGAGGUUAUAGACAGUGUCCCACCGACGGAAAGGGCAAACGAGGUGAGGAUGGAUCUAGACCACAGUCACACGGCUGUAACAACAGAACGAGCACUAGGGAUGCUGUGGCACGUCCAGUCAGAUACACUCGGCUUUCGGGCAGUCAGGCGUGAGAAGCCAGCAACGAGAAGAGGAAUCUUGUCUGUAGUCAGCUCCUUCUACGAUCCCCUUGGGCUAGUAGCUCCUGCACUUCUGCCACCAAAGAAGAUACUACAAGAUCUGUGCAAGGCAAAGUUGGACUGGGACGAGGAAAUCCCAGAUAAGGAUCUCAAGGUCUGGCGUCAAUGGGAAGCUGAACUACCAUUGUUGAGUAGUAGUUUCAUGUUAAGCAGAUGUGUCAAACCGGUGGAUUUCGGAAUCACUACAUCAGUACAGCUCCACCACUUCUCUGAUGCGAGUGAGCAGGGGUACGGAACCGCCUCGUACCUGCGUAUGACGAAUCAACAGGGCAGAGUACACUGUGCGUUGCUAAUGGGCAAAGCCCGCGUCGCACCAUUGAAGGCUAUCACUAUACCGAGAUUGGAGCUAAACGCGGCGGUAGUAGCUGUGAGAGUGAACCAGAUGAUCCAAAGAGAGUUGGACAUCAAGAUAGACAAGACUUUCUUCUGGACGGACAGCACCACAGUAUUGCGAUAUAUUAAUAACGAGCAAACGAGGUACCACACAUUCGUGGCCAAUCGGCUAACGACAAUAAGAAACGCCAGCGAUACGAAGCAGUGGCGUUAUGUCGAAUCGAAAAGGAACCCUGCUGACGAUGCGUCGAGGGGACAAGACAUCCAGAAGUUCGUGGAGAACGACAGAUGGGUAAAAGGACCAUCCUUCCUAUGGUGCCCAGAGAGUGAAUGGCCGCAGAUGCCAAAUGGACUUGAACAGCCGCCGCAGCGAGACCCUGAAGUGAAGGUGAACGCCAUUGAAUUGGAACAGGCGGAACCGCAGAGUCCCAUGGAUGCGCUGAUAGCGCACUAUUCAAGUUGGCACCGUCUCAAGAAAGCAGUGGCCUGGAUCUUAAAGGUAAAGGAAGCACUCAAACAAAAGAGUAGUAAGCAGAGGAGCAAAACUACAGUGAACGAGCGACUCUCAACAAGAGACCUCAAGACAGCAGAAGCAGAAAUUGUAACACAUGUGCAACGUAAGCACUACAGUGAGGAAAUAGCAGCCCUGCAAAGUCAGGGAUUCGUGAAGACCACCAGCAGUGUGUACAGAUUAGACCCCAUGGUAGACGAAGAGGGUAUACUGCGUGUGAGAGGACGACUGAGCCACUCCUCUCUAGCACAGGAAGCGAAACACCCUGUCAUUCUGCCUAAAGAAUCAGAAGUGGCAAAGCUGAUAUUGAGAAGCAUCCACGAAGAACAUGGCCACAUGGGACGGAACUAUGUGAUCUCUAAAUCAAGAGAACGGUACUGGAUACCGCAAGUGAAUGCCUUAGUUCGAAGAUUAAAUAAGAAGUGUGUAACAUGCAGACGACUGCGUGGCAAGACAGGCAAGCAACAAAUGGCCGACUUACCCUCAAGUCGUCUUACUCCAGAUGAACCACCCUUCACAAGAGUAGGAGUGGAUUACUUUGGGCCAAUCGAGACAAAACGAGGGCGUAGCAUAGUAAAACGCUACGGCGUUGUGUUCACCUGUAUGAGUAGCCGAGCCGUUCACAUAGAGAAGGCUGAUUCAUUGGAUACAGACUCCUGUAUCAAUGCUCUGCGCAGAUUCGUCUCACGAAGAGGUCAGGUAAAAGAGAUGUGGUCAGACAAUGGGACCAACCUGGUAGGUGCCAAAGCUGAACUGCAAAGAGAGCUAAAGAUGUGGAACCAGGAAAAGAUUAAGGACACCUUAUUACAGAAGGAAAUAGACUGGAAGUUCAGUCCCCCCACAGGAUCGCACUUUGGCGGAGUUUGGGAGAGACAGAUACGCACGAUAAGACAGGUGCUGAAUGCAAUCGUGAAGAAGCACACACUAGAUGACGAAGGGUUACACACUCUGUUGUGUGAAGCAGAGAGCAUAGUAAACGGAAGACCUUUGACAACAACCAGCAACGAGGUGAACGACUUAGAAGCUCUGACACCCAAUCAUCUCCUAAACAUGAAGAUGCAGACCACUUUGCCGCCUAAUCUGACCGACAAGAACGAUUUGUAUGCGCGGCGUCGAUGGAAGCAAGUACAGUACUUAGCAAGUCUAUUCUGGCGAAGAUGGUCUAAAGAGUACAUGGCAUCACUGCAAGAACGUUCCAAAUGGGGAACACGGCAGCGAGACUUGGCAGUAGGAGACAUCGUACUUCUGAAGGACGAACAGUCACCAAGAGGAGUGUGGCCAUUAGGAAGAAUCGUACAAGUGAUGCCAGGCAGCAGAGGACUUGUGAGACGUGUUAAAGUCAAAACGCAACAUAGCGUGUUGGAGAGGCCAAUCGACAAACUAUGUCCUCUCUUGGAAGAAGACCAGAGCACAACCUGA